AGGAAACUCCUUGACAAUCUGAGGCCAUGACAGAGAGGACAGAGGAGACCAUAGAGGAUGACGAGAUCGGUAAACAUGACCACAGCAACAAAGAUUCCUUGUUAAAAUCUGAUACAGCAUCAGUCAUAGAACGUCAAUCCAAUGAUGGCAAAGAUGAGGAUGAAGAUGAGGAUGAAGGACUACCAAUUGAUAGAGGCUGGGCAUGGGUUGUGGCAAUAGCUGUUCAGAUCAAUAUAGCAAUAGUAAUUGGAUACACCAGAGCUUUCGGCAUACUGUUUAUAGAGUUCUUACAGUCGUUCAAGGCAUCGGUGGCAGAAACGACGUUGGUCACUGCAGUGAUGGCUGCUAUCUUCGGAAUUUCAGUUUUUAUAUCAAUGCAAGUAUUAGUUGGAAGAUUCCAGGAACGAACUCUAGUUAUGACUGGUGGUAUUAUAGCUAGUAUGGGCAUCAUUACUUCUUAUUUUGCUACCAAUGUUGUCGAACUCAUACUUUCUCAAGGUAUCUUUUUAGGUAUUGGUAAUUCAUUGAUACAUGGACCGGGUUUGGUUCUAGUUGGCAAGUAUUUCAAAAAGAAGAGGGCAUUAGCUAAUGCUGUCGCUAACAGUGGAAUAAGUGCUGGUUCCGUUCUCUUUCCUCCUCUGGCCAAGGCUCUCCUAGAUGCUUAUGGUUUAAGAGGCACAUUACUUGUAUUGGGCGGAAUAAACCUCCAUGUAUUAGUUUGUGGAGCACUAUUACGACCUUUAAACACUUUCAAGAGACAUACAUCCCAAAAAGUAACUAUGAAAUCCACAGUAACACAGGAAACGAACAUUGGUCAGGUAGAUACGUUAAAAAUCAGAUCACACCCCGAGGACGAUGAGGUGAAAAUAGACAGUGAAAUCCAUUCAGUACCACUAGUGUCUCAAACGUAUAAGACUGAUUUAAGGAACCAUUCUGAAACUGGUGAUCGCCUUGAAGAAUUCCAAUCACAAAGUGAUAUUUAUUCCUUCGUUCCACCCGAAACUAUCAACAAAGCCGAGAGGAAAAUGUCCCAUUCAUCUAGUGUUUGUAAUUGUCUCAAAAACUUUGGUGGAAGUUUAGGAUUUUACUUAUGGAAAGAUCCUACCUUUAUUUGUUUAAUAUUAGUGACUGCAUUAGCCAUUUUUCUGAUUUUAUUUUUAAAUUAUUUCCCUGCAUUUGUCACUGAUAAUGGCACGAGCGAACAAGACGCUGCCAUAUUUAUUUCUGUAGCUGGGGCUAUUGACUUUUUCGCGCGAUUAGGCGUCGGGUUUUUUGCCAAUGCUGGUUUUGUGAAGCGGAGGUAUAUAUGUGCCUUCGGAUUAUUUGUUUCCGGUAUAAACUGUCACAUGUUGAGGUUUUAUACGACUUAUAAACUGCAGUUAGCGGGUAUAAUAAUAUAUGGUUUGUGUGGUGGUAUUUACAACUCCUUCAUACCUGUAUUAUUGUCAGAUAUUCUCGGUGUUCAACAUUUAGCUAAAUCAUUAGGCUUUACAAUGAUUACACAUGGUCUUGUUAUCAGUCUUUAUCACCCAUUAGUUGGCGCUCUAAAAGACAUAACGGGGUCCUAUAUUACAUCUUUUCAUGUCAUGGGAACGUCAGUGAUAUUAGGCGGCGCCUUGCUUCUAGCAGAACCAUUGUUUGAGAAAUGCAAAAAAAAGUUAAAGGAGUCUAAUGGCGACGUCAAAACAGAUGUAAUGCUGCCGUAACUUGUCUUCACAUGAUCGUAUUAAGCUUCCGUAUACUGCCAGAAAUCAUCGGAGCUAUCUAAAUAUAUAAUGUUCCACGGGUAUAGAUGUCAUUCCCUUACUGAUAGAAACAUUAUCUCUCAUCUAAUAUGGUGAAUCUUGGCAACAAAGCUGGAUCUAGAAGCCGAGAAGGUCGUGCACCGCAUGUCUUGUCAUUGGUUAGAAAGGGUAUCAAAAAUCCACAACAUAAAUUGUCACCUUGUGCUCAAAUAUAUUUAUUAAAUCAGAUCUAAUGAUGUAGAGGUAGAGUAAGUGACAAUGUAAUAAUUCACAUAUUAUUUCCUUUCUUACUUACUCUAACGAAAAAUUGCGCAUAUGAAAUAUGUUUGACGUACAUAAAUAUAUGUGUUAUAUAUGAUAUAUUAGAAAAAUCGUGAAGAAAAUUUAAUAGGUAUAUACUGUUGUGUGGUAGUAAAAUUGUAAAUGUGCGAUAAGCGUUACGUACAAUUAACUGUUAAGUUAUGAUGUCGCUUGCCUUCAAUUAUCAUCGCCUUUAUUGUUGAACUUGUUGAAUGUGGUUUGUUAUUGAGUAAAGUUGUUUCUACGUU